AUGGCCCAAGUCAUCUGGAAUGCUGACAUCGAUGUAUACAAUCUGCUGGUGAUCCCCUUACCAGUAGCUAAAACCAUCACGUGGUUCCUUGAUGUACCCGAUUUGCUUCAGUUCUCCAGAACUUCCAAGAACACAUAUAGAGCAGUGAAUGAUCCACAAUUAUGGAUCCUGAAACUAAAAAAGAUGAGCGUAUGGCAAAACGCUACUGAUGCCACUAGAGAGGAAUUGGCAGGCUCGAAGUUUGAAUGGCUCGAUAACCCGUUGACGUGUCUAGAUCGAGUCUACAAGAUCCCAAAGAUAGCAAAGUUUCAGGUUCUACGCAUACGAAGAAGUCUACAAAAGUAUUAUGCCGAUUUGCAACUGAACCUUCCAUAUGAGCGACUCAAGCUCUUCAAGAGUUUCAAUACUCCACAAGACCAAGCUAAAAUGUUGAGCAAUCUUCUAAAGUAUAAUGCGAUAAACCCAGAUGAAACCGUGGGUAGCAUGGUGGGUGAAAAGAUCACUGAACUCAUGGAAAUCUUUGAAAAUGCAUUACUACGAGAGUUAGAAAUUCACUACGAUAUUCAAGACUUCGAGAGAACAAGCGAUUUUGUGAAGAUCCUCGUCGAGCUCAAGAAUGAACAAACACUUAUAGACUUCUUUCUUCAGAAGGUAUGCUUCGAUAAUGAAACUACAAAGUUCCUUAACCUGGAAGCUUUUGAUGUAAAGGAAUAUUUCACAGAGGCCACCAACGGUGUCACUCAAGCACCUUCAGAUGAUGAGAGCGACGAGGAUUCCAAGCCUGAAACGAAGUGGGCUCUUAACGAGGACAAACUCGACUCUUUUAUCCAGGAACUUGCUUCCGUUUUUAAUGAAGAAUCGAGGAUUAUCGAUCUCAUUUUCCCGGAAACAAUUCCAAUGAUGUACAAGGUGAGCGAAGAACUAAUUUCAAAUCAGCUACAGGAUGUUAUUCUUCUCCUUGUCUCUGCUUCAAAAGACCGUGGACUAUACUUUGAUAUGGUCACUCUGUUGUAUGUUAGACUUACAGAUGGAUUUCUUGAACAACUUAAUCCUAGCAAAAAUGUUGGCGAAAGCUACAGACGAUUGACCCGGCUGCUUAUUGACGUUUCUUAUGAGUCAAUAGCAGCGGAAUAUCUAAACGAAGAAAAAGCCGUGUUUAAACAACGGUGCUCCGAAAAAAUUGCUGAAUGGAGGGAUACCGUCGCACAAAGAGAGAAGGAAACCACCCAAAGUAUUCUCAAACAUGUUAAGGCUGAGUCAAAAAGCGACUUCUUGCUGAGUUUUAAAAAGGUGUUCACAAUAACGGGUAAAGAUCAAGAAGAACAAAAGGAGGGCGACACUGACGAGAAGCUCAAUUAUUCAAAAAUCCAGGCCCAGGCGAAAAUCUUGGCCGAGAAUAUCAAAUCUUUGAGGAGGGUUUUUAGCCCCGAGCUAACAUUGACUGUCUUGAAUGAUACAAAAGUUUCUCUUGCUAGACUUCUGCUGUUUGAAAAUUACACUGUGGCGGCAUUGCGUUUUGAUAUCUACGGUGCCAUGCAAGAAGAGUUUAUCAGCGUGAUUGAAAGCAUCUCUAAUGAACACCUUAGGGAAGGGUUUGAGCGGGCCUUGAAGUAUCUAAAGGACUACAACCCAAGAGAUGUAUCACUUGCAGACAAUAAGAAGAGGACAGCUAUCGAACCACUUGUUAUCUUCUUCGAAGCCAUUAACAUGGCAGACAUGAUUGUCCAAAUGAUAGAUAUAUUCUACAAGGAAGAGAUUAUGCAAAGAAAGUUGGUAAAGCACGAGAAUUCGAUUCUUAAUCCUUCGCUUCAGAGUAAGAAAUCUGCUGAAGCCCUUGUCGAUAAGUACGUGGCCGAUGGCUUACAUAUCGGCAUAGAUGUGCUCUUUAAAGAGAUUGAAUCCGUGUUUCUUUCUGGACUCAAAGACUCUGAUUACAAUCCUCCCCCAAGCAAAGCACAUAUGAUCGAGGGCCCCACUAAAGCUGCACAACACGCGGUACAAAUACUUGAUGAUAACAUUGACCUCCUUGUUGAUUGUGCUGACAAGCCCAUCGUGGAGGUCUUCCAACAGGAAGUUGCAGAACGGUUCUUCCAGGUAAUUGUAAAAUGUUUGAAACGGAGCACCAUCUCUGUGGGCGGGGCGGUGACGCUUAUUUCGGACCUCAACUUGUAUUACGACUUCAUUUUAACACAUGUGAAGAGUAACAAGCGCAUGAUAUUUCCGUUGUUCCAGGCCCUCAAAAAGGUUGGCUCUAUAUAUUUGAUUGGCGGAGAGGACGCAAAAGCAAUUGGGCAACUCAUCAGUGAUUUGACGAAGUUUAACGGCAUCUUUAGCCAAGAAGAGAUCUACGAAUUUGUUCAGCGGAGAGAGGAUUGGCCCUUGAUCAAGAAACAUGUCCAGAAAGUAAUGUACGGGCUAAGCUUGAUUGACUGUACUAUAGUUUAG